AUGGCUGGGCAGUAUCCAGGCCAUAACCAUCACAACUUCUGGAAUGAGUUGUAUGACAAUGACCUCAAUGCUCUCGCGUCGGAGACCAGCGGCGACACCGGCCUAGUCACGACGCAAUCGAUUACCAGAGACGAUAUCAUGAUGUCUUUGUGGCAACACUCUACAUCUGGCCAUGUGAAUGAGAUUUUGAUGAGUGAGCUUUUGACCCCCGGCAACGGGGCGCCACCUCCCCGCCCGGCUCACCCAGCUGAGAUGGCGGGAUCUCUCAAUGAAGUCGGUAGUCAAUUCGACAACCAGCCCACCGGAGAUGCCGCCUAUGCCUCCGCCGAAGCUCUUUCUACGGCCGUUGAUGGAGCCCAGGAUGCGCCGCCCCAUGUUCAAACCAACACACCUGCAGCCGCCGCCGAGCAGCCUCCCAACCAACGCAGGCCCCGUGCGCGGCCGCCGGAUCCUCAAGUUUGGGAGCAUCACAGGGAUGCCAUCUAUUCUUUCUAUAUGGAGCAGAACUUUACUUUAGCAGCAACCAUGCAGCUGAUGAAAGAUCAUCACCAGUUUCACGCAACAGAGAAGAUGUAUAAAGACAAGUUCAAACAAUGGAAGUGGUCCAAGAAUCUACCAAAAGCCAUAGCUGCGCGUAUGCUCAACAUCGCCAAACAAAGGCGACCAAAACGUACCAUUUUUAGGUGGAAUAACCGAAUAUGGCCCAUCGAGCGGAUCAAGAAGCUAUUGAGCAGACAUUCCGCUGAAGAAGACUCGUCCCUACAGGACGACUCCUCCAUACCUGACGAUUUCACCUACGGGACACCGCCAUCUUCUGGCAUUACCGACACCGAGAGCGUCCUCGAGAACUCACGUGGCACUGAUGGUGAUCUCGAGAUGGCUGAUGCAGCCACUGCCGAUACCACCGAGGACUUGUGCAAGUUCCUUGCCGAAGGCCGUUGUCGCACAAAUUCUACACCAGAAGAGCUCUACUCCCGCGCCCAAGAAGCCCUGAAAGCGGCCGAGGCAGGUACCUGUAAUCACGAAGAGGCAGAAUCAGCCUUAAGAGAUGCGUUUUCCUACUUCAGACACCACUGCUCGUCAACCCAGGGCAAGACGCUGGAGAUUGGCUAUUUGAUGGCCCAUUUCUAUGUCAAAAUAGGGCGUGUCAAUGAUGCCCAUUGCAUCCUUGACUGGAUGACCAAAGAGCUCUGUGGAGAUACCAAGUCUUGCCACGACAGGACUGUAACUCAUAUGCUCAGCACCAUAACCAUCCUUCGCCGAACACAAAGGGAUGAAGAGGCAAAUUUACUUACAAUCCUGCUCUUGAAACAUCACCAAACUCCAAAGGCGGAGCAUUUCCUCCUGCAAAACCCUUCUGAGCCUUAUGUCGGGUCGAAUGAGAUGAUUGAGAAUCUGCUAGCAUCGAGCGAACCCGAGAAGCUAGCAUCUACUCUCUCGGUAUAUACAGAAGUGCGACCAAUCGACGCUUGA